AUGAUACAGAGGAUAAUCCUUUCUCCACAGACUCCUCCUGGUCCCACACCUGAGGAGGCCGUGGUCACUGCGGCUGUGGUCACUGUGGGUGUGGUCACUGCGGCUGUGGUCACUGUGGGUGUGGUCACUGCGGCUGGGGUCACUGUGGGUGUGGUCACUGCGGCUGUGGUCACUGUGGGUGUGGUCACUGUGGGUGUGGUCACUGCGGCUGUGGUCACUGUGGGUGUGGUCACUGCGGCUGUGGUCACUGUGGGUGUGGUCACUGUGGGUGUGGUCACUGCGGCUGUGGUCACUGCGGCUGUGGUCACUGCGGCUGUGGUCACUGUGGGUGUGGUCACUGCCACUGUGGUCACUGUUGGUGUGGUCACUGCGGCUGUGGUCACUGUGGGUGUGGUCACUGCGGCUGUGGUCACUGCAGCUGUGGUCACUGUGGGUGUGGUCACUGCCGCUGUGGUCACUGUUGGUGUGGUCACUGCGGCUGUGGUCACUGCGGCUGAGGUCACUGUGGGUGUGGUCACUGUGGCUGAGGUCACUGUGGGUGUGGUCACUGCGGCUGAGGUCACUGUGGGUGUGGUCACUGCGGCUGUGGUCACUGCGGCUGAGGUCACUGUGGGUGUGGUCACUGCGGCUGAGGUCACUGUGGGUGUGGUCACUGCGGCUGUGGUCACUGCGGCUGAGGUCACUGUGGGUGUGGUCACUGCGGCUGUGGUCACUGCGGCUGAGGUCAAUGUGGGUGUGGUCACUGUGGGUGUGGUCACUGUGGGUGUGGUCACUGCGGCUGUGGUCACUGUGGGUGUGGUCACUGCCACUGUGGUCACUGUUGGUGUGGUCACUGUUGGUGUGGUCACUGCGGCUGUGGUCACUGUUGGUGUGGUCACUGCGGCUGUGGUCACUGCAGCUGUGGUCACUGUGGGUGUGGUCACUGCCGCUGUGGUCACUGUUGGUGUGGUCACUGCGGCUGUGGUCACUGCGGCUGAGGUCACUGUGGGUGUGGUCACUGUGGCUGAGGUCACUGUGGGUGUGGUCACUGCGGCUGAGGUCACUGUGGGUGUGGUCACUGCGGCUGUGGUCACUGCGGCUGAGGUCACUGUGGGUGUGGUCACUGCGGCUGAGGUCACUGUGGGUGUGGUCACUGCGGCUGUGGUCACUGCGGCUGAGGUCACUGUGGGUGUGGUCACUGUGGGUGUGGUCACUGUGGGUGUGGUCACUGCGGCUGUGGUCACUGCGGCUGAGGUCAAUGUGGGUGUGGUCACUGUGGGUGUGGUCACUGUGGGUGUGUUUCUGAUGAGGUCUCACAUCCAAUGA